CAAUGGCGCUACCUUUGCUAUGGCUUACUCAUACCCCAUAGGCAUUAGCGUCUCGGCUCAUACAUCGGCAGCACCCAGAGAAGUCCCAGGGACUGUCAUAUAUAUAGGCCAGCGCUGCCCUCCAGCAAUACGUCUUCAUCUUCGCCACUAUCCUUUCUCAGUCCAACCAUGACUCUCGACACUCAUACCCCAGUCUCCCCAGACACGAGGGGUCAUCAGGCUACUCCACCAGACCUCUCUGUUCGAUCAAGUGCAGAAGACAAGGAAAAAGGGGCGGCCGUCCCUACCAGUAAUGCGAGUAAGGGUAAAGAAGAGUCCGACUCUUGGGCCGUUCAAUUCGAGCCCGGCGAGAGCAUCAACCCAAAAAACUGGGGCGUUGGCCAUCGGUGGUUUCUGACUGUGGUCGCCGGCGUUCUCGUCUUCAACUCAACUUUGGCCUCAUCCGCCCCUACUGGCAUCGUGGACGGCAUGAUAGACUACUUUGGUUUCUCCCAAGAGGUCUGCACGCUCGUACUCUCCCUCUUUGUCGCUGGCUACUGCCUCGGCCCUGUCUUGUGGGCCCCUCUUUCGGAAACCUACGGGCGACGCCCUGUGUUUAUCGGUACCUUUGUGGUCUACACUGGCUUUCAGGUGGGCUGUGCUUUGUCAAAGAACAUUGCUUCGAUCCUUGUAUUCCGAUUCUUAGGUGGUGUGUUUGGUGCUUCUCCGCUCACCAAUUCAGGAGCACUCUUGGCCGAUAUCUGGGAUGGCAGGCGAAGGGGCAAGGCGAUGAGCUUUUUCUCAUUUGCGCCUUUUGCGGGCCCUUCUCUGGGCGCGAUUGUGGGAGGGUUCAUACAGGCGUCUGGCACUUCUUGGCGAUGGGUGUAUUGGGUCCUCACCAUUUUCGCCGGAGUCUGUCUGGCUGUGAUUGUCUUCCUGGUACCCGAGACUUACGCCCCCAUCAUCUUGGUCAAAAAGGCUCAGAGAUUAAAGAAGGAAACUGGCGAUAACAGAUACUAUGCCCCGUUGGAACGUGCAGAAAGUGUCAACAUCAAGACCAAGGUGCACAACAUACUGUUCAAGCCUUUCAUCAUUCUUGCACUCGAGCCCAUGCUGCAAGCGGUGACACUGUAUAUGAGCUUUGUCUAUGGUAUAGUCUACCUUUUGUUCGAAGCGUUCCCGUUUGUCUUUAUACGCAACCAUGGUUUCAACACUGGCGAGGAAGGUCUUGCCUUCUUGGGCUUCUUCUUUGGUGGUGUAUCGGCCGUCAUUCUCUUCAUCACAGUCAUCGAACCCCGCUUCCAACGCCACGUCAAAGCCAUGGCUCCGGCGCCCCCUAGACCAGAGAAGCGUCUUGAGCUCUGCGUCAUCUCGGGCGUCUCGCUGGUGAUCGCCCUCUUCUGGUUCGGCUGGACUUCAUACUCGUCUAUUCACUGGAUAAGUCCAGUACUUGCUGGGUCGUUCAUCGGCGUCGGUACUUUGGGCAUGUUUGUGAGCCUGUUCAACUACAUUAUCGAUGUGUAUCUCUGGUCGGCUGCUUCGGCUCUGGCGGCUGUCACUAUUGUAAGGUCCCUCUUUGGAGCUGCUUUGUGAGUCAGAUCAGCAUUAUCUGUUCUGUAUACUCACAUCAUACCCAGCCCUCUCUUCGCCACGCAGAUGUAUGAAAAGCUGGGAACUCAAUGGGCGUCCACCCUACUCGGCUUCUUGGCUUUGCUCAUGGUACCGAUUCCCGUUGUCCUCAUGCGGUACGGCCAUCUCCUGCGCGCAAAGUCCAAGUUUUCACCCAACCGCGCGGGCAUAGUGGAUGGAGGAGGCAAAUGACGGAGGAGUGGAUGUGAGAUGACGGUUGCGAGAUGAUUAAUCCCCAAUUGAGAACGGGAGACAUAUAGCGAGC